GGUGCCACUCGGAGUCGGCAAUCGCCCCUUGCAUUGUCCCCAUCAAAACGUGCUUCAGGCAAACCCCGAUAAGAUUGGGUACUCUCAGCCGGGCGAGGCCGGUGUCUUAAAUCCGUAUACAAUGCAGAAUUCUGGCCACAGUUGGUCCACAGAGAUAUGAUCCACAGCUGUGAGGGAGACGGCAGGAUAAAUAGAGAGGGGACGCAAUCUGCAUCCCCAGCGGACAGUUUAUUUAUUAUAUCGACGCACCCCGUCUUUUGCAGCUUUCGCUUUCCCCAGCUUAUCUUCCAGCUAUCGAUUUGGUCUUGGAACUUUGGUAUCAUCAUGAAGUCCCUCACCUCCCCGAAAGCAUCCUCCCGCCCCAUCCUCAGAAUUACCGUUCCGAAGUUUAAAAAUACAACUUCAUUGGGCUCCAUGGCGCUAGUAUUGCGUCCCUCGAGCUCAUCCGCGUUUUCGUGGAGACGAUUGCUUCGCCCUUUACGAAAGAGAAAAUCUUCCCCUAAUGACGAAGUACUUCUUCAUCUUUCCUCACCUUCGUCUAUGACACUCGUCGGGUCUCCGACCGAGGGGGAAUGUACCAGCCCGAAAAUGGUCCGCUUCGAUGACUCGCCAACGUACUUUGGUACCAGACGACGGCUCAGAUCUCCCAAAUCCCCCGCUAAGGGUGCAUUGCGCUCCUGUCUUGUUGUCAAUAACACAGACCCCUUCACAGAGUUUCUUUCGAAUGAUGCUGACGACAUCUCCGUAUAUGAAGACUGCCUGACUACAUACCCUGGCUUCUUUCGGGACAUGGAAGAUCUUCUCGAGCGCGAAUUUCUCGAGGAAAUGAAAAUCGAGAAAUCUCGCACUCCUUCUUGGGAGCUCACCGAAUUUGGCUGCACGAAGAUUGACCCGGAAGAUUAUUUAAGCUACUGCUUGUUUAUUCAUGCAGAGAAGAAGAGACGGGCAGAGACCGAAGGGUGGAGGAAGGUCGUUUACGACCAUCCUAUGACUCUACGCUGGCCCAGCCGGGAGAUCACUGAGCGUCCAGUCAAAGAACCUCAGGUCUUUCUGCUGACACCGCCGCGGCUAUUCGUUCCGGAGCCCACACCGGUAAUUCUCAAUUGGCAUCAGCGCAUUGCGUGCGAUGUCACUGACAUGCUUGUUACGCUAUGCAUCGGACUUACGAUUCACAUGUGCAUUUAUAUUUGGGGCAUAUAUUGUUUCUUUAGCGGUGAUUUUGGGGAUGAAGAAGAGUAGCAGGAUCUGUAGCACUAUCGAGAAGUUCAUCAUGUAGCGCUAGCUCUUCCCAAUUGCGAUGUAUCAAAUCGUUACUACAAAUCAGGUGGUGUUUGUUUGGAUGGGGGAAAAGAGGGGUGAGUGGGGAUGGGAGGAGAUUGGGGAGGGG